CCACACCACUGUACAACCUACUGCAGCGAAACUUUACUCUGGAAUUACAUCUUUUGGUCACUAUAUCCAGCUAAAAGUCAUUGUUUGAAGAAUCUGAAAGCUCAACAUCAACAACACGAAAAACACUUGUACCUCCGUAAGUCAGAAACCUUAGCUCUUCAAUUCAAGCUCAGAGAGAAAAAUGGCUGAGGCAAAGGAUCGUGAAAACUUCGUUUACAUCGCUAAGCUUGCCGAGCAAGCUGAACGCUAUGAUGAAAUGGUGGAUGCAAUGAAAAAGGUAGCAAAGCUUGAUGUUGAAUUGACAGUUGAAGAGCGGAACCUGUUGUCAGUUGGGUAUAAGAAUGUUAUUGGAGCUCGUAGAGCUUCAUGGAGGAUUUUUUCAUCGAUUGAGCAAAAAGAAGACGCAAAAGGGAAUGAACAGAAUGUGAAGAGAAUUAAAGAGUACAGACAAAAGGUUGAAUCAGAAUUGUCCAAUAUUUGUGGUGAUAUUAUGACUGUGAUUGAUGAACAUUUGAUUCCUUCCUCGUCAGGCAGUGAAUCCACUGUUUUUUUCUAUAAAAUGAAAGGGGAUUACUACCGAUAUCUUGCUGAGUUUAAGACGGGCAAUGAUAGAAAGGAGGUAGCUGACGAAUCAAUGAAGGCAUACCAGGUAUGUCAAUUUUUU